AUGUUAGAUCCCGUCAAUCACAGCCGAGACCCGCUGUCUGCAACCGACGACCCUGCGAAUCUUCUGAGCAACCUGCAAAGCCGCGCACGAUCGUUGUUGGAUGAGUUUAGAGCCUAUCAAGCACAUCUCAAGUCUUACAACAAGCAGCAUGAAGUGGAACUGAGAAUUUUCAGACGCGGAGUUGAGUCUGAAGUAAAGAGCUUGGAGAGAAUCACACAGAAAUCCACGCUCGCGAGCGAAAAGGGCUCAGCUUUUCAAGAGAAGGAAGUGGAAAAAUCACCCCAGUUGCACGCUUUACGGAGCUCGAAUCUGUCAUUCUUCGAAGCAGUCUGGGACGUUGCAAAGUCGAGUCAUGCCAUUACCGCCUUGGGAAAGAAGAUAUAUUUCCCUCUCGCCAAAACGCGGAACAAAGAGGGACCUAAUGAUGCCAUCUCAACUUGCAAACCGCAUCCUCCGAAGGGCAUGGUUCUUGUUGAUAUCGUAACCGACAACGGUUUGGAGUGGAUCAAAGUCUCAACUAUCAGCGAAAAACGGUUGCUCUUUGAGAUGGCCAAGGAAGGGUGGGAAUCCUAUGCAGAUUUUAGCGAUGACAGUGGAACGGACAAUGAAGAGGGAUCUUCUAAGAGAAAUACCAGCAAACUUGAGCUAGUGCGGCUUGCCGAAGAACUGCAGGCUGCGUCAAAGGGAGUCAGGGUACAUUUUCGAUAUGUACAUGUCCGUUUCGUUCUCCCUAACGUCCAUGAGGGCGUGCUUGAUGAUGUGGACGAGUUUCUGGCCGACCUCAGAGCAACGGGUGUUGCUGUCCAAUGUGGGCUCUCCCCAAAAGACACAUAUACAAUCAAGCAGAUUCCCAACUUUGAUCGAAUGCUGCCUGCAAUAGCACCAGUGCCUCUGACUGACACGAUCAACAUCGACUGUACCAUUCUCCUGGCCCUGAUAUCGGACAUAUCUCACCUGCGGCGGCGAGACAUGUCGGCGGGAUGCAAUCCUACUUCCUCGACAUUCCACAAAGCUAUUCAGAGGCAAAUCGAAUCCGAGGAAUGUCACCCGCUUCUGCCGGAAGAGAUAUAUUCUGUACUGUCCGGUCGGGCUCUCGAAUGUACGGCUCAUGCAGCACAAAGAAUGCGUGAGAUCGUCCAGUGUAUGGGUACUACGAGCGAAAGAACCCGCGCAGAUAUUGUCCUUGGUGAAGGACCUUUCGGGGGACAACCAAGUUCAGGUUUACGCCGGGCUUUUGCUGAACAUUCUAUACAUGCUGUGCCGGAUCAGAUACAAUUUCCUAUCAAGGUCGUUGAUUUCGGUGCAGACGGGCUUUUCUCUCCGCGCAGGAACGAUUCCAGCCAGGCGGCUCUGAGAUGCAACGACUUCACCUUUUCGAUUGCUAGCCGGGUGGUAUCCGUGAUGCCUCUUACAGCCAUAAAUUCUUCUGUCUUCCUGUACGGGUGGGUUCGACGCAUUGUCACACUUACAAGCAAUCGAGCUGUUGCGACUGGCCUUCUCAAGACGAUCAAUGAGCUGCUUGACGAGCACGAAGAGGACGAGUCCGCAGGCAUUGACGCUAGCGAAAGCUUUGUCGGUCCACAUAUCUACAUUUGCGACACUGCACGGAGUUUGGUUGGGAAGACCAAGAGUAAACCAACAGAACAGCCAUGUGUCGAGCACAGCCCUCCUGAUGAAGGUGAUUCGUAG